AUGUUAACUCCCACUAAACCCCCAGAUAUCCAGACUGACAUUAUAUUGACACCCAUUAAACAUCCAGCUGUCCAGGUUGGUAUCAUGUUAACUCCCACUAAACCUCCAGAUAUCCAGACUGACAUUAUAUCGACACCCAUUAAACAUCCAGCUGUCCAGGUUGGUAUCAUGUUAACUCCCACUAAACCUCCAGAUAUCCAGACUGACAUUAUAUUACCACCCGUUAAACAUCCAGCUGUCCAGGUUGGUAUCAUGUUAACUCCCACUAAACCUCCAGAUAUCCAGACUGACAUUAUAUUACUGCCCAUUAAACAUCCAGCUGUCCAGGUUGGUAUCAUGUUAACUCCCACUAAACCUCCAGAUAUCCAGACUGACAUUAUAUCGAUAUCCAGCUGUCCAGCAAGCAGUCGUGAUGCGUGGCGGAAAAACCCCGAUCUCAGUUGCAUGGAACUUGACCAAUCAUCUAUUACAACCAGCAACAUGUCAUCAAAUAGUACAUGA